AAGACCUGCUUACUAGGCUACUAACGGAGGACUUUAGUUUCUCUUCAUUCUAAAUGCGCCUAGGGGAAAGUCCCCGGACCCGUGGCAGUAAAUGCCCCGCUUUGAAGCGGUUCCCCUUGUCUGUAGCUUCCGCACUGAAAGCGCCAAGAUGUUCUCCACGACGGAGCGCGCGGACACAGAUGGGGCAUCCGUCUAAGCCGGAAGUUACGCAGGUAAUGUACAAAGUACAUCAACAACACGGGGCUCAUUCUCAGAAUGUCCGCUUUUUAACGGCCAUUGCCAUGGACACCGUCUCCAUGGUCACCAACCGUUAGAGGUGGUAUCGACGCCCUUCCAGCACCAAGUUUUAUUUUCCUCCUUCAAAGGCGAAGUUCGAAGUAUAUAUAAUUCCCUCCGACGGCCUGGCUGUAAUCACCACAGAUUAUCAGAAUACGAUCGUAUUUUGUUUUUUUUAAUCGAGAGCAGACGCGGUCGAGGUCACGUGACGCGGGCGAGUGCGAAGGCGCGGAGCGGAGCCAGGCCGUACCGGACCCCGGGCUUGUUUGGAGAGUUUACCGGGGCGGCCGCCAGCAGGACUAUGCUGGGGCUCGGGCAGUGCCCCAAGGCCCGGCUCUCCGGUUAUGUGGAGGACUACUUGGAGAGUGUGGAGGCGUUACCGCUGGAGCUGCAGCGGAGCGUCUCCCUUCUGAGGGAGAUCGACACCCAGUACCGAGAAGUUUUAAAGGAACUUGAUGAUGCUUAUGAAAAGUAUAAGCAGGAAACGGACAUCACUCAAAGAAAACGACUGCUGCAUCAACUCCAGCGAGCAUUAAUUAACUCUCAAGAGCUGGGAGAUGAGAAAAUUCAGAUUGUUUCUCACAUGAGUGAGCAAGUAGAGAAUUGUGCAAGGGAGAUGGAUAGUCACUCAGAAUGUUUUGAGGACCUAAAUGAACAUGAGAGGUCUAUUGAGAAGAUCAAAAUGGAGGUGUCUCAAGCAGAAAGACCUUCCCGAAGGCUGCGUCGACAGAAAAACGGUGAAAACCGUGACUUGUGUCAUGUUGGUAAUGAAACUGAAGAGGGAGAGGAGCCUCCUAAAGAGAAAAGAUCAAAAUCCUCAAAAAAGAAGCGCUCAAAAGCUAGACCUGAAAGGGAAAUCUCCCCCAUUGACUUUCCUAUCGAUCCAAACGAACCCACUUACUGCCUGUGCAACCAAGUAUCUUAUGGUGAAAUGAUAGGAUGUGAUAACGACGAAUGUCCAAUUGAGUGGUUUCAUUUUUCUUGUGUAGGCUUAACAUACAAGCCAAAAGGCAAAUGGUAUUGUCCUAAAUGCAGAGGUGAUACUGAAAAGACUAUGGACAAGUGCAUAGAAAAAUCAAAAAAAGAUAGGAAGUCAAGGUAGUGACUACAAUAAAUAUUACACAGUUUCAAUAACUUUCAACAUCAUGUAUAAGGCAUCAGCUUAAAUUGUAUGUAUAACUAUGCAAUCAUUUUUACUAUUGUAUUAAACAUGGCUGAAUUUUAA